UGUUCAGUUUGUACUUUGAGCUCAUGCAGGUGCUUGUGGUGACUCACAUAAUAUAUUUUCACGCAGAACCUUACUUAAUGGACAACAACAAAAACAGUCUAGAUUUCUCUCAGUUUUGACUUGAUUCCAUUAGUGACAACAAAAUGGAUUACGAAAUGUUAGGAUGUCUUCAGGACAUGUUCAGGCGUCAAGCCAAGAUGUUGCCUGAUUCAAAUGCCAUAGUAACAGAUGAUGGCCAGACAAUGACAUACAAAGAGUUGGAUGAAGUGACUGAUGUCUUAGCAGCACAUCUGCAUGGGAAGGGUGUGGUUGGCGAUUCUAUUGUUGGGAUAUAUCUGGAGAAAUGUCUCGAGUAUCCCAUCGCUUAUAUUGCGAUCCUAAAAGCAGGUGGUGCCUACCUACCUCUAGACAUUUCUUAUCCUCAGCAGUUACUUGAUGACGUCUUACAAGAUGCAAAACCAGUCUCAGUCAUCACCUUCACAGAUUUAGUCCCAAGACUCAAAGGAGCUCAUGAUGUGACAGUUCUUGAUGCAAAUUGGUCCAUCAGAAUGAAGGACGAGAACAUAAAGCGAGGUCUACAUGUGUCUAUGUGCCCUCAAGUCACUCAGGAUAACUUAGCAUUUGUGGCUUACUCAUCUGGUACAACAGGAAAACCAAAAGGUAUCAUGUGUGUACAUCGAGCUGCAGUGUUCUCAUAUCAUUGGCGGCAUAUCAACUACCCAUUCCAACAAGGUGACCGCAUCGCUUGCAAUGUCUUCUUUGUCUGGGAGAUGCUGAGACCAUUACUGAAAGGGUUUCCUCUCUACAUCAUCCCUGAUGACGUCAUAUACGACCCUGCCUUACUCUUGUCGUUUCUUGAGAGGCAUUCUAUCACACGGAUGUUGUUUACUCCAUCACUUCUGGCUACAGUCUUAGAUACUGACAAUGUGGACAUUGCAACGUGCCUUGGAUCAUUCAGAUUGAUUGUUCUAUGUGGUGAGGUGGUGACAGUAGGCCUCAUGGCAAGAAUUGCUGAGAUUCUACCUGAUGUGACUGUCAUGAAUUUAUACAGUGUGUCUGAGACGCAUGAUGUCGCUGCAACGAACCUCACUCUAGAGAUGAAAAAUCUCCUGGCAUCUGGCAGUCCAGAGAAGACACAGAAGUUUUGUCCCGCUGGCAGGUUACUUCCAGGUGCACAUGUUGUCAUCCUGAAUGAUGAGAUGGAAUUACAACCAGUAGGAUCAUCAGGAGAGAUCUAUGUAGGAGGUCCUGGUCUUGCUCGCGGUUAUCUGAAUCGGCCAGAGAUGAAUGCCAAACGUUUUAUAUCUCGUCCAGAGAGUGUUCCAGAAUACGCUGGUGACCGGUUGUAUAGAUCUGGUGACUGGGGAUACAUGUUAUCUGAUGGUCACUUGGAAAUAUGUGGACGAUGUGAUACGAUGGUCAAGAUUAGAGGUUACAGUAUAGAAAUACAGGCAGUAGAAGCAGCUCUGUUAGACCUCCCAAUGGUCAGUGCAUGUACAGUGUUAGCUAAAGGAGCAGAAGGAGAUGACAAAUACCUAGUGGCUUACAUCGUCCAAUCAGAAGCAACCAGCAAGAAGGAUAUACGCUCAGCACUCAAGACAAUAAUACCUAGUUACAUGGUUCCUGCAUACAUUGUGUUUCUUACAAGUAUGCCACUUCUACCCGCCUCUGGCAAAUUAGACAAGAAAGCUCUUCCAGACUUCAAUCCUGAGACAGCAGACUUUGCUCCAGUCAACGGUGAGCAAGGAAAACCAUGUACGGAGACAGAGAAGACAGUGUCUGGUAUGUGGAGUGAUCUACUGAGAAUCUCUAAUGUAGAUGUACAAGAAAGCUUCUUUGAUCUCGGAGGUCAUUCUUUGCUAGCAGCAAGGCUUCUGAACCAGAUCAAAGAUGGUUUUGGGGUAGAGAUGACUGUUCGUGAAUUGUUCAUACACUCCACAGUGGCUCAGAUGUCAACACUGAUUGAUUCCAAGAUUGUAGGAGACAACGUGGACCAAAGUUUACAUCACAACAUUAAUCUUCAUGAAGAAGUUGAACAACAUGAUCAAGGCAUCGUCAGCAUUGAUAUGCAAUUACGUGCCUUUUGGCGCUCCAUACAUUAUGGAGAUCGAUGGAAUGCUGGCCGGGUGUUACUGACAGGAGCAACUGGGUUUCUGGGUGCGUUCAUAUUGAGGGAUCUUCUCAUCAAGACAGAGAACCACAUUUAUUGUCUAGUGAAAGAACUACCAGACUUGUCAGGGAAGGACCGUUUACUAGCAACGAUGAGACAAUACAACAUGCUUCCUGAGGAUGAUAGUCAUGAUGAUGCAAGAGAAGGCACACCUGAUGGGAGUGACUUAUUGGCUAAGUUUGACAAGAGAGUCACAGCAAUCACAGGUGAUGUGUCUCUGAUUCGACUUGGCAUGAUGGAGGAAGAUUACACAUACCUAACAUUUGAGAUUGACAGUGUUAUUCACGCAGCUGCCUAUGUAAAUUUGGUCUAUCCAUAUGAGGCAUUACGUGGAGCUAACGUCAUUGGCACACAGAACAUAGUUCUCUUCUCAUGCACCAAUAAGAUCAAGCCUCUGCAUUAUGUCAGCACCAACUCGGUAUUUCCAGUAGGUCUUAAGAAUUGUUGUGAGGAUUCUGACAUGUCCACAUUUGGCGACCAACUCACAGAUGGUUACAGUCAGAGUAAAUGGGUUGCUGAGCAGUUAGUCCAGAGAGCCCAGUCACGCGGCCUUCCUGCAGUCAUCUACCGACCAGGUAACCUAUCUGGAGACUCUGUGACAGGUGCAUGGAAUCCCUCAGACACCAAUCUGCUGACACUACAGGGUUGCAUCCGUACUCUCUCUGCUCCUGAUAUCAAAUGGUUGAUUGAAAUGACACCAGUAGACUUCGCCAGUGAAUUUAUUGUCAAAGCCUGCCAGAAUGUCAUGCUAGUUGUAGGGAAGGUCUACCAUCUCGUGCACUCAGCACCACUCAAAUGCAGGACUUUGUUUGAGUGGAUAGCAGAUUUGGGCUACCCAUUGCGACUGAUGCCCUUUCAUGAAUGGUGCAAUGAGUUGAAGCAACUUCAUCAUGGAGUGAAUAAGGAGGAUUCAGUGUUGGCUGACAAACUGGACAACAUUGUCAAGAAUGAAUCGUUCUUCAUGGAUUACACCUCCUUCCAUAGAGCCAAUCUUGAAACUUUGCUCGCUACUCUACAAAUGUCUUAUCCUCCUUUGGAUAAAAGACUUAUUCGUGGUUAUCUCCAACAGCUGUUUGUCAAGAAGAUUUUGAUGCCUCCAAUGUCUUUGAAGUUCAGUUCCAGACCCCUGGAGGGCAAGGUGGUUGUCAUCACUGGAGGUUCAUCAGGAAUCGGUCUGGGUAUUGCUAAGUGCUUAGCGCAAGCAGGUGCAUCAGUUGCAUUAGCAGCAAGACAUGAAGAGAAACUAGAACAAGCAAGACUCAAGAUUGCAGAGAUUGGAGGAAAAGUCCUGGCGGUCAAAACAGAUGUCUGUAUACGACAACAGGUGAAAGAUCUGGUUGCUAAGACAGAGGCUGAGCUAGGCCCAGUGGAUAUUCUUGUUAACAAUGCAGGGAUCAUGCACUUCACUUUGAUGAAGAAUUUAUUAGAAGAUUCUUGGGAGAGAAUGGUAGAUGUAAACUGCAAGGGAGUUCUGAAUGGCAUUGGUGCCGUUCUGUCAGGAAUGAUAGCAAGGGGCAAAGGUCACAUUGUGAAUACGUCAUCAGAUGCAGGCAGAGCCGCAUUUGCUGGUCUGGCUGUCUACAGUGGGUCCAAAUUCUUUGUGGAAGGAUUGACGUCAUCUUUGAGGAAGGAACUGGUUGGAACCGGCAUACGAGUGACUAACAUACAGCCCGGUGACGUCACGUCUGCCAUCGCUGAUCACAUCAUUGACAAGGAAGCCGUAGAUCAAUAUGCCAAUAUUGAUGUGGAUAAGUUUCUAUCGCCAGAUGACAUAGGCAGAGCAGUUCUGUAUGCUGUGACUCAACCAGAAGGUGUGGCAGUUAACGAGAUACUCAUUGAACCUACAGACUUCCCAGCAGUCUGAGUUAUGUCAACAAUUAUUCAAUUAUUUUAAAUGUCACAAGUUGAUCAAAUCUGUGCCUUUCAAUGUAAUUAGGCAGAAGAUUAACUUCAAGAAAAGACAGAAAAGUUUUAUACAAAUUUUUCAUCAGCAUGUUACAUUCCUUUCCACAAACCAUCAUGAAAAAGUAAAGUUGUGCUAUAUAAAAAUCCUGACUUGAAAAUUUAAAAUGCACAAUUUUAACAGUGUGUGAUCUUCUAUAGUCUGCAGGUUGUUUUAUUGGGUCAAAGUAAGUUUUGUCAGUUUUUUUCGAUGUAGUUAUUAAUUUUUUAUAGUUUCCCUUUGCUGGGUGGUGGGAAAUCUUACAAGCAUUUGGUUGACAUUGGAAAACAUCAAAAACAUUUGAUAAGAUAAGCAUCUGUGACAGUUUAUAUCCUUCUAAUAAUUAAUUGCUAUCAUCAUUCAGAGCAGUUUGUUUUAUAUCAAAAUGUGUGGGAUUAUUGUUCUCUCUUGCAUGAUAGAAUAUUUUGGAGAUCUGGCAAAAAUUAAACAAUUUACAUUGUACCUCACAAUUAAUAUGUGCACCAGUCAGUGGCGUCACCAGACUU